UUCUUCCAACAACCAUUCAAAGCUGCUUGUGCGCAUACGAACUCUUCUUGUCGACUGUUCUGCUUUCUCUAUCUCAACUGUGUAUCCUAUAAAUAUUACGUCUCUCCUUGAAUUCUUUCUUUCUUUCUUCUUUCUCGUUUGCAAUCCUCCACUUUACAUCCUUCUCAUCGGUGCCAUUGCAGCUCACAUUCGACCUCAGUUGCAUCCCCGUUGGAUCUACACUUUUCCUUCUUUCAUCCCUCAUUAGCCUCGUUCCGGCAUGUCGGUCACUCGCGGAGAUCCUAAUGGCCAGCCUUUGGAAAAGGAUUACUCGCAGACGGGCGUGUGUUCGCACCACUCGAAUGAGGGCGACCCCAUUGCUGCGCACGAUGCCACCAGCGAUACAGGUCUCGGGCGGGUCCCCACCGCACGAAGCUUCAGCAUCUCUCCAGAACUCUUCGAGAAGAUAUAUCUCUCCCCAGCAACCGCAGUCAAGGGUGAUCUUCGAAAGACCUUUGGUAAUCCCACACCACUGGCUCUUGUAGGAUUUGUUCUGUCAUUGACACCCCUCUCGUGCGAGCUUAUGGGAUGGAGAGGCUCAGGUGGUUUCGGUGCUGCUGGAAUCGGUUCAUAUUUUUUCUUCGGCGGAGUUUGCAUGCUUAUUGGUGGUGUUCUCGAAUUUAUCCUCGGAAAUACUUUCCCUUUCGUUGUCUUCUGCUCUUAUGGUGGCUUUUGGCUUACUUAUGGCGCAACUCUCCAACCAUCGUUCAACGCGUAUGGGGCAUACUCACCAGAUACGUCCAACCCGGCAGCAGGUUUGAACGCUGCCUCUUUCAAUGCCAGCUUUGCAUUCUUUCUCCUCUUUAUGGCUCUCUUGAGCUUUGUCUUUCUUAUCUGCGCAUUGAGGACUAACAUUGUCUUCUUCCUCAUCUUUCUAUUCCUGACUCCGGGCUUCGCUCUUCUGGCUGCAGCCUUUUGGCAAGUCGCAAAUGGGAACGUCGCUUUGGCAGGUCAUAUUCAGACUGCCGGAGGAGCAUGUCUUUUUGUUGUCUCCUCAUGCGGAUGGUACAUCUUUUUCGCGCAGAUGCUCGCUGCGCUCGACUUCCCCUUCCAGAUCCCUGUCGGUGACCUCAGUCAUAUCAUUAAGGGAGCUAGCCAACGGGCCAAAGCCGGCGGCUCUACAGCCUACUCUGACGCCUGAUGCAAUGCAUCUCAACACUGCCAUGUGCGAGGGAAAGUAUGAGGCGGCCAAAUUAGCUCCGCAUCACGUUCUUCUCUGCUUGUGGUAAGCAUAAGAUGCGUUGCAUCUGUUGCCAUACCUGUCCACCCUGUCUAAAUCGCUGGAUAUUUGCUGGCAACAUUGUCAGUAUCAACUCAACUCAAGGGCCCAAAAGUUCGCGGGAGUGAGCCUACUCUAGCAACGGAUUGCAGUUGCUUGCUACCUAUACGUGACGAUGAAAUGCUGGGACGACACUUUCUGACGAAACCAAAGAUAUUUAUCCCCUUUGAUAUCCGGAAUAGGAGUAUUUUGCUUAUCUAGCGUCGUUGGCUGGCGUUUAAAAUAUCCGACCCUUUUUUAUAUUUC